GAUUUGAUCUAAUAACAGAUCGUUUUACUCCUAAACAUCGAACAAUCAUUGUUACAAUAUUCUUGAUAGCAAGCAUUUAUAUUUUUUCUCCAAUAGCUUAUGGUAGCACAUGGGAAAAAUCUAGUUGCGCUAACUCCAAAUGGUUAAGCACUUGGGAUUAUGAUUGUAAUCUAUAUGUUCGUAGUCAUUUAAACAAAGACACUAAUUCAACCGGCAUUGAAAUUACCAAUCCGGAAUUUUCUGAUAUUAAAGCAUUUGAUAAACGGGCUGUUGAAGAUAAAUCUGAUGAGCAGUGCCAUGAAAAGGCGCAAGGUUUAAAGACGAAUGUUGAAAAAAAUGAAGUAAAACAAUGUAUUCCCAGAAUGGCACAUCCCAAAGAUUUUAGAGUAUUUUUAAGUGCAACACCAUAG